AUGGCCACGGCAGCAUCACAACAGUCGCCGUCGGUGGUGCGCAGUCACUCGGCCUCUCGCAACCCUCCUUCUUCGUAUGCUUCCACCUCACCCUCUCAGCCUUCAAGAACGCGUUCCACAAACACCAGACCCUCAAAUCACACCCGCUCUGGAUCCAGAACUCACGAAAAUCCUCCUCAAUCCAAUCCUACGGCUCUUGCGAAUGUCGCUCGCAGGGAUUUCGAACAAUCAAAUGUCGCUCGCACGACGUCCUCUCGUCGCAGCACCUCCCGUGACGGGAGAGGAGAAUAUCAUUCGGAGGCACUGCCCCAGGGGCGCGCCUCCUCCCGACCGGGAUCUCGACGGAAUAGUCAAGACCUAAUCGCACCUACAGCAGCCGUUGCCAACGGAACACCCUCACAACCUCCUCCCAGCACAACCUCGAGGACCGAGACGCACGCCUCGCAGACCUAUCCCACAAUCGGUCGAAGGCGAACAUCUAUAACAUGCCAGACUGGGACUUGGUCACUAGGGAAGACAAUUGGUCAGGGCAGCAUGGGCAAGGUCAAGCUAGCGAAAAACGUUGAGAGUGGAGAGCAAGCGGCCAUCAAAAUAGUCCCACGACAGGCAGCUGACGAGCAAGGAAAUCCGAAGGACGAGCGCGCAGAUCGGUCGAAAGAAAUACGAACUGCAAGAGAGGCAGCCAUGGUGUCGUUACUUUCUCACCCGUACAUCUGUGGAAUGAUCGAUGUCCAGAGGACUAACUACCAUUGGUACAUGCUUUUUGAGUAUGUGAAUGGUGGGCAGAUGCUGGAUUACAUUAUCGCUCAUGGCAGGCUGAAAGAGAAGCAAGCACGGAAAUUCGCUCGCCAGAUUGCAAGCGCGCUGGACUACUGUCACCGUAACAGCAUCGUUCACCGGGAUCUUAAGAUCGAGAAUAUCCUUAUCAGCAAGACGGGGGAUAUCAAGAUCAUCGAUUUUGGCCUUAGCAACCUUUAUUCGCCGCGUGCGCUCCUGAAAACGUUCUGCGGCAGUUUGUAUUUCGCGGCACCGGAAUUGUUGCAAGCCCGUCAGUACACAGGUCCUGAGGUUGAUGUAUGGAGUUUUGGGAUUGUUCUUUAUGUCCUCGUCUGUGGCAAAGUUCCAUUCGACGACCAAAGCAUGCCUCAGUUGCAUGCAAAGAUCAAAAGAGGGAUUGUCGACUAUCCUCAAUGGCUGACGGCUGAAUGCAAGAAUAUCAUUUCGCGCAUGCUCGUGGUGGAUCCACGAGAUCGAGCCAGUCUUCAGGAAAUUAUGAACCAUCCCUGGAUGACGAAAGGUUUCAACGGCCCUCCAGACAAUUAUCUCCCACACAGGGAGCCUCUUCAACUGCCGCUCGACCCUGAGGUCAUUGACAAAAUGCAAGGCUUUGACUUUGGGUCCUCUGCUUACAUUACUGAGCAGCUUACUCGCAUCAUCGAGUCGGAGGAUUACCAGAGUGCUGUUCGCAGGAGUGCCAAGGAAGAUUACAGCCAUGCAUCGAGUAGCGGCGAGAAGAAACGUGGAGUCUUCGACUUUUACAAACGACGAAAUUCAAUUAGCCGGGAAGGUCUUUCGGCACCUUCUUCUGAAGCCAUCAGAGGUCACGACCCCAUCAAUGCUUACAGCCCACUGGUCUCUAUAUAUUACCUCGCACGCGAGAAGCGUGACCGAGAGCGACAGCAACAAAAUCCCGGUGCGCUGGCCAUGCCAAUGACAGAAAAGGAGACGCCUCUCAAACUCCCUGGGCUGCCAACACCGGAGGCUGCUCACACAAACACGUUCGCGCCAGAAAUGCCAGGAGAGAAAGCCACUGGAGGCCGGGCGAGACCGCGUGCACGAACCAAUGGAGAAGACGAUAUACCGCAUGGUAUGAAGUCGAUGGAGGCUGCCGAGAGAAAACCUGCUCCGAGUACGGUCCCACUGAAUGCAAUCCCUCAGCCUGAUCAGCCUGCGAAGCGCGAGGGUACUGCCUUGGGUCUGUUGCGAAGGUUUAGCACUAGACGUUACCGGGACCGAGACAUGGAACGGCCUCAACCUCCCCCGGCGCUGAAUAUUCAACCUCCCGCUGAUUCCGUCACGCCUCCCCGCAAGUCCUUCUCUGUCCGACGCUCACGGAGAAGAGACCCGAGUCCAACAACUCAUCAUCAGGGAGGCAGUCAACCACAGCAUGAAGGUCUACUCAGUGCUAGUGGCGGGCUAUCUAGAGCUGGGAAAUUUUUGGGCCGAUCGACUAGCGUCAAUUCGGCUGAGUACCGCCCGCGACGCGUUCUGCACCGAGGAACGUCGGGCCACGAUUCUCCAAUGCUUGCGCCUGAGCCACCGCCUACUAGUGGCUCUGAUCAGUCGAGUGUAAACGCCGGUCGGGCUGGUAAGGGCGUGGAACUGACCGACAAGCCUGCUCCUACUGCCAGCCCACUGACUACGCCACGCACUCCUACCACUACCAGGACCAAGUCUCUGGGUCAUGCACGUCAGGAGAGCAUUCAAGCCAGACGACGCCGCCAUGAAGAGCGUCGAGCAGAGGCUAACGUUCCUGAGGAGACGGAUGCCGAGAUGCGGGACGGAGUAGACGUACUCGACACACCGGCGCUUCCCGACACCCCUGGCACCGAAAUCUCCAAGCCAGCCAGUCUCAAAGGAUUGUUCUCGACUUCGACUACCAGCAGUAAGCCUCCCGAGUUUAUCAGACACGACAUCAUUCGCGUUCUGAACCAGCUUGGAGUGCAAUAUACCGUGAUCAAAGGAGGCUUUUCUUGCAGACAUGCGCCCAGCAUUAACCUCGAAGGGGUCAAGGAACCUGUAGCCGGGCUCGACGAGGACAGAAGUGGACGGGUGACGAGUGGACAUCAGCGUCGGAUCUCGUUUGGUGGAGCUUUCCGGGGUAAGGACAGAGAAGACAUCAGGGACGACAGGUUAAGCCGACACCAUACUAGGAGGAGACAACCAGAUCAGAGUUUCGUGACCAACUCUGAGGGUUCAGAUGAAUACUUGCAACAGAAUCGAGGAUCCGAGGCUCAUGAUGGAGGUGCGACAAGAACUCGAGUACAAGAGGACAGCGGUGAGCGGUUGGUGCUCAAAUUUGAGAUUGCAAUUGUGAAGAUUCCUCUUCUUUCCCUUCACGGGAUUCAGUUCAAGAAGGUGCAGGGGGGCAUGAACCAGUACCGAUCCAUGACCUCGGCCAUUCUCAACGCAUUGAGAUUGUGA